UAUCCACCAGUUUCAUUCGCAUUCCCAAGUAUCCAAGUUGCUGAGUUAAUGGUUUUCCCGUCAUGGUGGGGAGAAUCAGAACGACGACCGGUUUAUGAGGCCGGCUUCAUCAUGACCAUGGCCUGUGACUCAAAGGAACAACGCAAGUACUUAUAUACCGUACUUCGCCACGAAGCUCCAACUUGAAGUGCCAUACCAAAUCACAUCAUUUUCCAAGUCAAUCGUCAUGAUCCUUUCUUCAGCCCACGUCGAGACGCGUAUCCCUGUCUUGCGACAGCUGGUCCGCGACAACGCACUUGGCGUCCUCACCACCGCUAUCCCCUCAGACAAGCACUCGCAUAUACAAGCCAGCCACAUUCCAUUCGUUCUCGAUGUCCAAGACGAAGGGAGCGACACUGAGCUCGGAGUUCUGCGGGGCCACAUCAACAGACAGAACCCCCAGAGCCAGGCGAUGAUUGCGGCGCUGGAAGGUAGCGGAUCCAACGUCUUAGAACAGGAGGUUCUCGUCCUCUUCACGGCAGCGCCUCAUCACUACGUCACCCCAAAGUUCUACACUGAGACAAAGCCAACUACUGCUAAAGUUGUGCCUACGUGGAACUACGCUGCUGUACAGGCCUAUGGCCGCGCCACCCUCUACUACGACAGCAAGUCUGAAGCCUCGUCCAAGUUUCUGCAGAAGCAGCUCGAGUAUCUCUCUGAACAUACAGAAAAGUCGAUUAUGAAAUACACCGGAAAGGGGGAUCAACCUGGGCCCUGGAAGGUAUCGGAUGCGCCGGAACGCUAUAUUGAGCUCAUGAAGAAGAACAUCAUCGGCAUCGAGAUCUCUAUCCAUCGUCUCGAGGGCAAGUUCAAAAUGAGCCAAGAAAUGCGAAAGGGAGACCGAGAGGGUGUCAUCAAGGGUUUCGCGAAUAUGGAAUCGGAAGCUGCUCAGGUUAUUUCGACUAUGGUGCAGGAACGCAGUGAUCUCAAGGAAGCACAAAACAAGUAGGGUGGGACACCGUCUUGAUUCGAUGUAGAGAAUGUCAACGCUAGACAGCUGUAAACCUAGCUUAUAGUAACUCAUCUUGAUCUUAUAAUAUUGCUCGUAAAUUGUGGCU